AUGAAUUGUUUCUUUUGGAAAAUAAUUCUUCUGCUUAUUCCACUACAGAUAUCAGGCGUUCUGAUUCGAAUACAUGAAGGUUUUGUUGACUUCGAACAUGAAAAUGUCAAGCUGUCAGAUGAAUUUGUUCCUCAUCAACCUUACACAUUUGAAAUAUCCUUUAAUGAAACUAAAACCAAAGAUUAUAUGAUUUCCAAAUGUUUCUUAAACAACUAUCAAUUUCUGACUCAUUUCGGAUGUUUGAACUGUAACAGCUUCAUCAUACGUAGUAUCGAAAGUGAUAGUUACAAUCGUACAGGGGCAAUGAAACAAACAUUGGUAUAUUUCUAUGCGCCAUCGAAACAUAUAACAUUCACUUGUGAACUGAUUGUUAUAAACUGUAGUGGAUGUGCUGAAAGAUCAUGUGAGAGAGGAACUAGCUUAACCAUGUAUCAGACAGUCAUGCUACCGAUUGUUUGUAGCGGAUUAAAUGGAAGGUUCAUCUGUGAUCUUAAAAGAAAGGAUAAUGUGUUAACACCUCACAUCGCUGUCAACCCAUUCUUAAUCCCUCUUGGAGGAAUGACCACCAUUUCACCUUUUCGAGCGCCUAGUGGAAUAUCUGCAGUUUCUAGUCAAGAAUCAUCAUUUGGAGCCUUUUUCAGACGCUAUUCUUGGGUUUUCAUAUUACUAUUGAUACUGCUGAUUGUUCUGCUGACACUAUGCUGUUUCUUAUGUUAUCUCAGAAAAGGAUUGAGAGUAUCCAAAAAGAAUGGUCGAGAACUUGAUUAUGCUACUUAUAGACAUAUGCAAGAUGAGCAAAGGAAGCAAGUUCUAACGAAUGCAGUCCGACAAGAUGAAGAAUACAGGAAAAACAGUCUUUUACUAUCAAAGCUUGAUGUUUCUACAAGUGAAAUAAGAAAUGCUCAAACGGUAGUUCAAAACAAUGCUAAGAAGAGCGUGGGAACUCAAUCUGACAAACAACCAACAAACAAUAUGGCAUUUGAUAAUUUAAUCAUUACCGAACAUAUGGAACAUCAUAUUGAUUCAACCAAUAAUAAUAGAAAAGAGAAUUCUCCUGUGUUUAAGAAGGAAACAUCAUCGGCUAAUCACUUCCCGAGGAAUAACUAUAUGCCUCAUCAAUCAAUAGGAAGUACAACAAGAUCUAAUGAGAUUCCUGAUCAUCUGAGAUAUCGUCAAAAUUAUUCGGAAACACCUAUUUUUGCUACCCAAAACAGUCAACAAUCGUUUAACUCGAGACAGACUGUGCAUGCUGAUGAGUACCACCUUCCUUAUGAGAGUACAAUACCUCCACCAGCACCACGUCAUGGAUUAGUUCGUCCAGUUGAAGCAUUUGAUGAAGUAGUGACAACCAAAAAUAUCGAAAACGACAGAAGCACAUCUUAUGUAAGGUCUGAAGGAGUUCACACUCAUCAAAUCAAUGUUCAUCGCAAAGAGGUCAUCUUAGAAACAGACAGUUCAUCAUCAUCAGAAAGCAUUGAUGUUCAGAAUGAACGUGAAGAAGAAGUCAAAAAAGCAAUUUACGCUCAAACUUUCUUUUAA